AUGGCUCUCCUGCUCCUCUUGCCUUUUCUCAUCUUGGUCGGCUCCGCCGGUGCCGGAGACGGAGAAGGCGACUCGGCUCCAUCGGCGGCCACGGCGCUGUUCGUCCUCGGCGACUCCACGGCCAGCUGCGCCGCCACGACGCUGCCGCUCAACCUCACCACCUCCUUCUCCAGCCCCUGCGUCUUCCACCACUCCGGCGCCCGCCGCCGCCUCAUCCCCGACCUCCUCGCGGCGAAGAUGGGCCUGCCGCCGCCGCCGGCGAUCUCGACCCUGAACGGCACGGCGGCGGCGGCGGCGCAGGGGGUAAACUUCGGCGACUCAUCAGACAUCGACCCACGCGCCAUCACCAACGCCCCGACGAACAACAACGCCGGCGUCUUCCGCAUGGGCGCCGUCGGGCAGCAGCUGCGGCUGGCGACGGAGACGCUGCAGCUCCUCCGGCUCGAGUCCCCUUCCCCUGCCGCCGCCGCCGCGGCGCUCUCAAGCUCGCUCUUCGUCGUCUCCUUCGGCUCCGACGCGUACGCGCGGCUGCUGGGCCGCGGGACGGAGGCGGACGCGUGGGCCCCGAAGCACGGGCGGCGCGGGUUCGCGCGGCUGCUGGCGGGCCGCGUGGGCCGCGCCGUGCAGGAGCUGUACGAGGCCGGGGCCCGCCGCGUCGCCGUACUCGCCGUCGGCCCGCUCGGGUGCGCGCCCCGGGUCAUGUGGGAAGGGCUGCACCUCGUGGAUAACAAUGCAGGAGGGGGCUGCGUGGAGGAGGCCAAUGAGCUUGUGCAGGCGUACAAUGGCAGGGUGGAGGCGGUGUUGGACGAGCUCCGGCCGUCGCUCCCCGGCGCCGACCUCGUCUUCUGCGACGUCUACAAGGCAGUCAUGGAGAUGAUCAGCAACCCUGGCGCUUACGGGUUCGAGGAGGCCCGGGAGGCAUGCUGCGGGCUGGGCCCAUUCGGGGGCACGAUCGGGUGCCUGACGAGGGAGAUGGCCUGCCCCACCCCACAGGGGCACAUUUGGUGGGACCUCUACAGCCUCACCGGCACAGCCAACUCGCUGCUCGUUGACUGGGCUUGGGCCGCGCCGCCGUCAGCUGCUUCCAACCUCAGCAACCUCUGCCGCCCCGUCACCCUGCAACAACUUGCCGGAUGGAGGGCAGACAACAGUUAG